AUGACCCUAGACGAUCACGCCAACAAGCGACUUCAACUCCGACGGUCAUGUCCUGUAGACAUCGAACCGAUCAGCUCCCCUUCUUCUAGCCAACUUCAUCUGCCUCUCCAGCAGCAGCACCGAAUACUGGGCCGGCAGGAUCAGAAUGACGAUUCAAACGAUAGAAAUCAUGAUCCCAACAACUGUAGGCCCGUGGAUCCACUCGACAACAGACAGAUUAAUCAACAUCACGAAGACACAGACGGUCCAUUGGAUCACCGAUUACUGGAUCCUUUGGAUCUUCGUCAUGUUGAUCUUCACGACACCACACACCCUAUCGAACCACGCUUGCCGGAGGGUCAAAAAGGAACCGGGCGUCGUCUACCUGACCCGCACAAACCUAGAGUACAGAAAACUGUCCCUGACGACACCUUCUUCGAACGAGCGCGGGGGCGUAUGACAAUACACCUGAACGAUGGCUACCACGACGCUGGCUACAACGAUAACGGUGAUCGUGGUCUUAGACAACACCCGACACUGGAUGAAGAAUAUGAAGACGAUUAUGAACAACACAGAGUUACCGGCCAACUUGACCAUCGACUACAUGGUGACGCUCUCAGGUGGCGCUCUCAGGUGACGCUCUCAGGUGGCGCUCUCAGGUGUCGCUCUCAGGUGGCGCUCUCAGGUGGCGCUCUCAGGUGGCGCUCUCAGGUGGCGCUCUCAGGUGGCGCUCUCAGGUGGCGCUCUCAGGUGGCGCUCUCAGGUGGCGCUCUCAGGUGGCGCUCUCAGGUGGCGCUCUCAGGUGGCGCUCUCAGGUGGCGCUCUCAGGUGGCGCUCUCAGGUGGCGCUCUCAGGUGGCGCUCUCAGGUGGCGCUCUCAGGUGGCGCUCUCAGGUGGCGCUCUCAGGUAGCGCUCUCAGGUGGCGCUCUCAAGUGGCGCUCUCAGGUGGCGCUCUCAGGUGGCGCUCUCAGGUGGCGCUCUCAGGUAGCGCUCUCAGGUGGCGCUCUCAAGUGGCGCUCUCAGGUGGCGCUCUCAGGGGGGGAGGUGGGGGCGAGCGUGGGGGCGUCGGGGGUGGGCGACAAGACGCUGCCGUCACCGUGGCAGACCGCGGCCGCCGCCAGCUCCGAGCAGCAGGCAGCUCAGGCACGGAAGCGGCCGCCCCCGCGUCGACCCGUGGGCAAGCCUCCGGAGAACAGACCUCAGCGCGCCCUCUUCUGCCUCGGCCUUAAGAACCCUAUACGGAAGCUCUGUAUAGACGUCGUCGAGUGGAAACCCUUCGAAUGGUUCAUCUUGCUGACCAUCUUCGCCAACUGCGUCGCCUUGGCUGUGAACACACCGUUCCCUAACAGCGACUCUAACAAGACCAACGCCAUGCUUGAGGAGAUUGAGAUCAUCUUCAUGGUAAUCUUCACGCUGGAGUGCGGUAUGAAGAUACUGGCAUACGGCUUCGUUAUGCAUCAGGGCGCAUACCUCAGAUCCGUGUGGAACUUCAUCGAUUUUCUCAUCGUCGUCAUCGGGCUGAUCAGCGCCGUGCUGGACAUGAUCAUGACGGAGUCUGCGGAGACAAGCUUUGACGUGAAGGCCUUACGCGCCUUCAGGGUGCUGCGCCCCCUACGCCUGGUGUCGGGGGUACCUAGUGAGUGGGGGGCUAGUGAGGGGGGCCUUACGCGCCUUCAGGGUGCUGCGCCCCCUACGCCUGGUGUCGGGGGGGAGCAGAUGGAGGGCCCUCAUCCAUGCAGCAAGGAAGAUGGACAAGGUUUUAAGUGUACGACAUUAAAGCUAUACAACUACACGGGCGCCGGCCCGUACUAUGUAUGCGAAGACCGAUGGGAAGGCCCGAAUUUCGGCAUCACUAAUUUCGAUAACUUCGGUCUGGCCAUGUUAACUGUUUUCCAGUGCAUCACCAUGGAGGGGUGGACCGAUAUGAUGUAUUUCAUCGCUGACGCGCGCGGCAACUCAUGGCAGUGGAUCUACUUCUGCUCCAUGAUCAUCCUCGGCGCCUUCUUUGUGAUGAACCUCAUCCUCGGUGUUCUCAGCGGAGAGUUCUCAAAAGAGAGGGAAAAAGCCCAAGCGAGGGGAGACUUCAUGAAACUUCGUAAAAAGCAACAAAUAGAAGAAGAUCUCAGAGGCUACCUCGAGUGGAUAACUGCUGCUGAGGACCUUGAAUGUGAUGGAGAUGAAAAGAAAGAAACUGAGGCAAAAACCGUCGAGGUGGAGUCCAUGGACCGGGGGGAGGAUGGGGAGGAGGGGUCCCAGCCCUCCCCUUGGGAGAAGAGGAAGAAGGGAUUUGACCGCAUUAACCGGCGCUGCAGAAGAGCGUGUAGGAAAGCCGUGAAGAGUCAAGCCUUCUACUGGCUGAUUAUUGUGCUAGUGUUCCUGAACACUGCCGUGCUCGCUAGUGAACACUAUAAACAGCCGCAGUGGCUCAGCCAUUUCCAGGAUUACGUGAACAUCUUCUUCGUGGUGCUCUUCACGUGCGAAAUGUUCCUCAAAAUGUACAGCUUGGGCUUCCAGGGCUACUUCGUGUCUCUGUUCAACCGCUUCGACUGCUUCGUGGUGAUCAGCUCCAUCACGGAGGUGGUGCUCACCGCUACAGAGAUCAUGCCGCCCCUCGGCGUCUCUGUGCUCAGAUGCGUCAGGCUGCUCAGGGUCUUCAAAGUAACCAAGUGA